CCCGAUUCUUCUGCUCUCACUAAAUCUGCAACUCUUUCAAUCCCUUUUUGGGAUUUUGGCAACUUGGGUUGUUUUUAUUUUCAAUAUUAUCCAUCAAUUAUCAUGUUUUUAUUUAUUUUAAUUACUUUUAAAUCAAGAUUUUGUCGGUUUCCCACUCUGUCUAUCUAUAAAUAUUCUCUUCAGAAUGCAAAGGCAACGCCUUUAAUGAGAGAGAGGGAGAGAGAGAGGGAGAGAGAUUGUCAUGCAUCUCUUCUGAUAUAACGACAUGAAACUCUAGCUUUAAACCUACCCCACCUCGUCUAUCCUUUCUGGUUUAUUCUUCUUUUUAUUAUUUUUUUGCUAAUUCAUUGCGAGGCCAUGAAAUGUUUAUGUGAUUAGAAAGAGACGUUUUGGUGGUUUUUUGCUCUCUUAGUUAUUAUGGCUGUUCAAGCACAGUUGUACUCUGAAAGUCUGUGUCUUCCCCUCUCUGGUUUGCAGGAUUCUAUGGUUAAUAAUCAUGUUUCUGGGUUUGAUGCCGAUUUGUGUUUCGCUUUUCAAGAAUCCCAGCAGCCGAAUCUCUUUCUUCAACCUCAGAGCUCUCAAACUGUCGGGUUUUAUUGCAAUAAUAGAGACGCAGGGCCUUCUUCUUCUUCUUCACAUUCAACUUGUGAUAGUUUCAUCUCCAUGGCUCUUUCUCAAUCUCUAGAGGCUCGUCUCCUCGAAAUACAAAGGCAAGAGGUGGACUCCAUUCUUCAAUUACAGAACGAGAGGCUAAGGUCUGCAUUGCAAGAGCAAAGACGGAAACAACUGGGAAUUCUCCUAAAGAGUGUGGAAUCCAAGGCCAUGUCUUUAAUGAAGCAAAAAGAAGAAGACUUGGCACAAGCAACAAAGAAAACGAUGGAGCUUGAAGCUUGCUUAAAAAAAGCACAGAUAGAGAGAGAAACAUGGCAAAGAGUAGCAGGAGAAAACGAAGCAAUGAUUAUGGAUCUAAGCAACACUUUAGAGCAAGUCAGAGAGAGACUGUUUUUAGACAGCACUAGAGGCCAAGAUACUGAUGAGUCCUCUUGCUGUGGUUCAUGCGAGAAAGAACAAGAAGAUAAUUCCACAAAAAAGAUGGCCUGCUGUAAAGGGUGCAAUUCUAGGGCCUCGUGCGUUCUCUUUCUUCCUUGCAGGCAUCUCUGCUCGUGCAAGUUUUGUGAAGCUUUUCUCGCCUAUUGUCCCGUCUGCGACUCCGUAAAGGAAGGAAGCAUGGAGGUUUUUUGGGUUUAACAAUUCAGCAAAGGCACAAAAGCCAAAAGAAAAUGGUAAAAUAGAAAGAAAACUGAAAUGGGAAACUUAUUUUUUUCCAUUUUUUUGGGGAAGAACACACGAUGAUUCUUGAUAUAUACUCUAGUAGUGUUUUUCUUUUCUUUUUCAAGGCUUUUUUCACUGUUGUUUCUUGAAUCGAAAUGAUCAGGAAAUGGUCAGUUAAUUUUAUUUUACCUGAUUUAGCUUAAACGAAAGGUAACUUUAAAACCAUUAUUUAUUUUGAUUCUGUUC